UGAGUUUACAGCAGCUUCAAUGUCACGCUUGCCGUGGUUAAAGUAGUUGAUGUAUGAUAGCGAAAUAGUUUUAAAAGCGCAUUAAACAUGUAUAAAUUAAAAUGUAUGUUUGUUAGUUCUGUGGGUAACGCAUGCCGACAGCUCGCCGCCUCCCUAACUACAAAUAGUAGCUCUCUGUGUGGCAACAUUGGGUUGCAGCGCACAUUGUGUACCAGUGUCGUCAGACUUCAGGAGACCGCAGCAUCCACCACAGAAUCUGAGAAAACCUCCACAGGCUUCAGCCACUUGCCUCCACUGCCUGGCGAGGACAGUUCACUGAGAUGGAGUGGGAGGAAGUUUGAGGAGUUACCAAUCGCUCACAUUAAAGCCACAUAUAAUAACACACAUAUCCAGCUGACAGAGAGCACAGGACAGUCGUUGGUCAGGACGUCCUGUGGAACAGAAGGCUUCAAGAAUAUCAAGAAGUCGACGCCCAUCGCUGCUCAGAGUGCAGGCAUCUCUGCUGCUAUGAAAGCCAAAGCGAAGGGAGUGACAUUCGUCCGUGUUGUGGUCAAAGGUCUUGGUCCUGGACGUCUGUCUGCCAUCAAAGGCCUGACGAUGGGAGGCCUGGAGGUGGUAUCGAUCACCGACAACACCCCCGUGCCGCACAAUGGAUGCCGCCCACGCAAAGCAAGAAGGACCUGAUCUCCCCAACCCAGAAUGCACUGCAAGGAGAGGAAGCGGUGUUGUGUUGUAAAAUGCUAAUAAAGUGUGUUGUUGUAUAACUUC